AUGCCGUUUGACAAUUUUAUAGAACUGUCCCCCCCCUGCUAUUUGUCUUGUCUACGUGCUGAAAUUUACGUGUUGUGGGUUUUGUUUUUUUUUUGGUAGAAAUCUUAUUACGAUAUUUGCAUACUUACGCUAAUGGAUUCAUCUUCAAUUGUUAGCUUUAAUAAUGACUCCACAUACCAAAUGACUCUUAAAGGUGAUUACAAUAAUAUAAGCGUCCACGAGUUAGCGUUACACGCAAUGAGGGACAGAUGUUUAUUAUUGCAACGGAGAAUUAACGCUUUAGAAAGUGACAACAUGCGUCUUAAACUCGAUAUUACAAAGGCAACUGAGAAUGCAUCUUACAUUCCUUUGAGAGAAGACGAAAAGUUUAAGUUGCAGCAAAAGAUAGCAGAACUAAACAAACAAAAAUCUCAGUUGUUGCACCAUGUAUUUAUGGUUUCAUGUGAAAAUAAAAACUUGUGGAAUAAAUUGGCUACACAUAAGGGACUAGAUAAAGGCUCAAAUAAAGAAUAUAGUAAACAACCAUUAUUGCGUACUAAUACUUAUUUGCACAGCACACCAAAAUCUAGUGUUAAUUAUCAAGAAAAAUAUUCAGAAUGUAGCUUAGAGGAAAUUUCCCUUAAAUUAAUUAACAGCUACAUUCAAGAAAAAUCACAGUUAGUGGAGCAAUAUGAACAGAUGGCUCAGCUCCAACAUGUUGAUGAUGAAAAUUUGUUAAAUGUAGAGUCCAUUGGUUUCACAUAUAUGGAGGACCCAGUAACAGAUUCACUGAAGGAAAUUCAUUUACAAACAGAGAAACUACAGGAAGUAAAAAAAGAACUUGCACAGCAAGAAGAAGAUUUGAAAGUGGUCAUAGCUAGAGUAGAAGCAGUAUUAAAAAGUGGAUAUAAGUGUCCUACAUGUGCAGUCAACAAUGCAAAAAUCACUCCAUCAGAACAUAAAGAAAUAGAAACUAGUGAUAGCCUGGCUAAUUGGGCAACUCCAAUAGAAUCAAGCAGUUAUAAUAACUUUAGUGAACUGAAUACAUCAGCUUUCAAGAAAAGUGUGUCAGUUGUAAAUGAAAAUGAUAAGAAAGAUAAAAUAUGCCUUGAUAAAGUAUGUCCAAUGUGUGGACAAAAUUUUGAGAAAGAUGUGGCUUUUGUUGAGUUUCAGUCCCAUGUAGAGAGUCAUUUUACUGGUGAGAGUGAACCAGAUUCUGUUAUAGAAAACUUUGAAAACUUACCAUAUUCUCUUGAUCCUGUGAUAUAGUAAUUACAAAUAUUAAAAUAAAUAGAGUUAAAUUUUAUAUUUAUUUCAUGUUUAUUUAACCAUAUUUACUUUAAUUGUAAUAAGAGUAAAAUGUAGUAGUAAAAUUCACAUCAUUAUAAUAACUAAACUUUUA